UAUAUAAAAACAAAAAAUUCUAAUAUUGAAAUUUUUUUACCAAAAUUAACAAUAUCAAUAUAUCAAAAUUACUCCCCUCCGUCAAAUUUACGGCAACAAUAAAACCAACAGAAACAUGACUAUGGCUGCUUGCUAUGCCAAUUAUGACAUGUCCAUGUCACAUGGCAUGUCAACAGCUGCAUUACUCAGUGCACAGCAGCAUCAUCAACAACAACACCACCAUCAUCACCAUCAACAGCACCAACAGUCACAGCAGCUAUAUCAACACAGUACCAAUUCCACACAUCAUCACCAUCAUCAUCAUCAUUCGCAGCAGCAGCAACAACAAAACCAACACCACAGCAGUCACCAACAUCAUCAUCACCAACAACAACAGCAGCAACAGCAUCAUGCUACGUCACAGCAACAGUCUUCAAGCCGCCUGUCAACACUGGCGGCGGCGGCUACUAGUGGUACUGGCAUAGUUGCCGCCGCCGCCUCAAAUGUUUCUUCAGUCACCAACAGUAGUGCUGUUACAAAUCGCAACAGUAACUCCUCCUCCUCCUCCACCGCAGCGAUAAACAGUAACAAUGCUACAGCAUUGCCGGCUAGCUCGUUGACAAUAGCUGCCGCAGUGUCAGCAGUAAGCGCAGGGACUACCACAACAACACAAAAAGACUACUCCAUUCCAUUGCACGUAGACUGUAGCGUAGAAUAUGAAUUACCAAAUCAACCCAAACCACCGGCGGGACAGCGUGUUGAACCAUUACUAAUGAUACAUCCCUGUUAUUUUCGUAAAAUGGAAUCGCAACGUCGCAGUCCAUUUGUCAAUAAUAUGCCUGCAACAGCCAGAAGCAACGCAGCGCUGUUGGCUAGUGGCUUGACAAGUACUCAGCAAAAUGUCUCGAAUCUUGGAAACGCAACAUCGGUUGCUACAGCAGCUUCAGUGGUGUCUGGUAGUGCCACAAAUUCUGCUGCAACUGUCGCACGCCGUGCUGCACGCCAAUCUCAGGUAAUACAACAGCAACAACAAUUGCAAACUACACAACAACAGCAACAACAACAACAAUACCAACAGCAGCAGCAACAACAACAUCGGCAAAAUGUUGCUGUUGUUGCAGUUUCACAAUACCAACAACAUUUACACCAACAAACACAACAACAACUCAGGUCAACGCAAACUCAACAGCAGCAGCAACAUCAGCAACAACAGCAGCAGCAGUUGCAACAGCAGCAAAUGUCGCAGAUGUCGCAACAAGCUCAUUAUCCUGUUGUUGUGUCGCAUCAUCAAACACACAGCCAACAACAAAGUCGCAGUAACCAAAGUCGCACCACAACUGCAAUUGUCAGCAACAGUCAAGCGCAGCAGCAACAGCAGCAGCAACGUUCAAGCCAAAGUCAUACCACAGUCGCCUCACAGAGCCAUCAAAACCUGCUAGUACAAAACGCCACGCAAUGGGAUCAGUUGGCAGCAGCUGCAGCAAUUGCAGCGCGAUCCUCCAUGACACCCUCUAUUGGCAACACCACCAGUCAAAUGUUGGCGCCACCAACCUCUGCAGUAGCCCAAACGGCCGCCACGUUGUACGGUAAAAAUAUGUCGUCAGCGGUGGUGGGCAAGCGGGAUGCGAUGAUAUCGGGCGGAGUUUAUCGCAGCAAUGCAAACAAUAUUGUAGCUGCAGCUGUACCCAGUGUCACACAUCAACACACCGGCAGUAGCGGUAAGCAGCAACAGCAGCAGCAAGCGCAACAUUGCUUGCCUGCAGGCGCACUGUGGGAUCCCACAAGUGUUGUUGUUGCGUCCGCUGCAACGACUUCAACCACAUCGGCGCUCAUGAUUGAUCGCAGUCCGAUGGCCACAGUUCCUAGUAAUUAUCAGGCUGGUCCUGACACCACGCCGAUAUUGAGCCAAAGUGCGAGCAGUAAUCGCACCAACAAUACUAAUAACAACAACAGCAACACGAACGGCUACAGUCAUUCGGCAGCUGUAGCCGCUGCGGCAGCUAUGAGCUCGCACUAUGGACGGGACGAUAAGUUAAGUGGCAAAUACAGACAAUACUUGCGUUCUCAACGCAUGCAUCCGUAUUUGGCGGUAGCUUCAUCUGUGGCAAAUCUAGGUCAAACAUUUCCGCAAUUUACAGCAGUAACGGCAGCAGCAACCGCCAUGGCUGCAACGCCCACAAAUUGGCGAUAAAAAUGCUUUAUAUUGUUAUUAUUAAAAAACAAAAAUAAAAUAAAAAUUGCUUGGCAUACUGAAGUGUGAGAUAAAUAACAACAACCCUCACAACUCACACCUCACACCUUCUUGCAAAGCAACAAAAAGAACAUAGUUUAGCUGUAAAUUUGCAUGAGCCGUUGUGUAGCGACCGACCUGUUCCAUAUGAGGAACUCCAACAACAAGGAAACAAAACAAAAAAACAUAAAUUAUAUGAAGUAUGAAGUAAAAGAAACGGAAAACUGAAACUGAAUUCAAUUGAAGGGAAAAGAAAGAAAAGGAAACUAUUUGCCUUCGUGCAAGACAGGCUUCGCUUACAAGCAGCAAAGGAAUUUAUACGUUAAAAUUAUGAAGACAGUAAAAAAAAAUUAGUUUAAAGAAUUAAAAAAAUAUUAUUGAAAAAUGAAAAU